CCUUGAGAGCAAAUCCAACAAGAAACACUGAUGCUCAGUGAACAAACUGUCUCGUUUUUCUUUUUCUUUUAGUUAUCGUGCUUCUCGACCUUUAUUUGAUUUGAAACAUCCUUUGCGCAAGUGUUAAUCGAGGUUUACUGUCAACGCCGGGCGAGAAAAGGCAGAACAACAGAAAGGAUGUCUCCCGGUGUUUUUCAUCACACACACCGGGUGCUUCUGCCUUCUCUGCCCGCAUAGGGGAGCCGUUGAGCUGGGUUGCUGAAGGGGUUCCCCGUUAAUACCCCCCCAUCCCUUCCCCUGUGCUUUUUCCCUCCCCGCCUGUCUGCUCUCCUGCUUCACAACACAGUACAGUACACACUAGUCCUCUAGUAGUGGCGUGUGCCGCCUCUCCUCUCCUCUCCUCGUAGCUUCAGUUUCUGUAUAAACCAGCCAUUUAUCAUCAAUCAUGGCCGCCGGAGUACAAAUUUAACUCCCGUCUUUUCCUCCCUGUCGUCUGGAGGGGAGGAUUUUUUUUAUUUUUGUUUGUUUGUUUGUUUGUUUGAGGAAGACAAAAUAUUAUUAGUCCCACACUGAUUUUGGAUUUCCUCUUGGAAUUACAAUACACGUCUCACAAGGGAAACACCAUUCAUGUCAAUACUUCAAAAUGCAGCCGCCGCCGAGGAAGGUCAAAGUGACACAGGAGCUGAAAAACACACACACAGAGCAGAUGACAAGACUGCACUUUAAACACCAGACUGAAUGUGACCUGCUGGAAGACAUGAGGAGCUACAGUCUGAAGAAGGGACAGCUGGAGAGAGACUAUGCACAGGCUCUGCAGAAGUUAGCGAGUCAGUACCUAAAAAGAGACUGGCCUGGAAUCAACCCUGAUGACCAGAGAACAGACUACAGGAAUGUGUAUGCAGUGUGGCGGUCCUACUUAGAAGGCACGGUGCAGGUGAGCCAGUCCAGGCUCAAUGUGUGUGACAACUACAAAAGCCAAGUAUCAGAACCUGCCAAGACUGUUAGACUCUACAAGGAGCAGCAACUCAAAAAGACCAUAGAUCAGUUGAGUGGCAUUCAAGCAGAGCUACAGGAGUCGGUGAAGGAGUUGGCCAAAGCCAAGAAAAAAUACUACGACUGUGAGCAGGUUGCCCACGCUGUACGAGAGAAGGCAGACAUAGAGGCCAAGUCCAAACUGGGUCUUUUCCAGUCAAGAAUUAGUUUACAGAAAGCAAGUGUAAAGUUGAAAGCGAAGAGAAGCGACUGUAACUCCAAGGCAACACAGGCCAGGAAUGAUUACUUGCUAACGCUAGCUGCUGCCAACGCUCACCACGACCGGUACUAUCAUACAGAUCUACUGCACUGCAUACAGGCCUUGGAUGGCAGGAUCUAUGAGCAUGUGAAAGACUACCUAGUCGCACUGUGUCGUACUGAGCUCGAGGCCUCCCAAGCCACGCACAACACCUUCCAGUUCCUCUUGGAUAAAUCCACCAGGAUAAUACAAGAGUUCAACCAACAGUUGUUCAUGCAGGAGAACCCAGUGUUUCACAAAGCACACGACUUCCAGUUCCAGCCCAGCGAAUGUGACACGACUCUGAGCUCGGUGCAGCAGUUGGUGGACAUUGAGCCGUCGCCCGUCAGUGCCAUGAGAAUGACCCUGGCACAGAGUCGUCAGCUGGAGUCGGAGACGGGGACGACGGAGGAGCACAGUCUGAACAAGGAGGCCAGGAAAUGGGCAACCAGAGUCGCCAGAGAACAUAAGAACAUCAUACAUUAUAAGAGAUGUCUGGAGGAGUGUGAGAGCCAUGGUUUGCCCCCCACAGAGCAGGGCAGGCUAGACCUGGAGAUGAAGAUUGAAGACACCAAAGAAAACAUGCGCAAAGCUGAGACAAUAAAGUUAAAAGCUGAGGCUCGGUUGGACCUUCUGCGACAAGUGGGGGUUGCGGUGGAUACCUGGCUGAAGAGCGCCAUGAACCAGGUGAUGGAGGAGUUGGAGAAUGAACGUUGGGCCAGCUACACUUCCCACGAUCCCUCACUGUCGGGCACAGUGGAUUUGGAGCGUGAGGAGGGGGAAGAGUGUGAAGAGAACAUGGAGGUUUUCGACGACAGCAGCUCCAGUCCUUCAGGAACCCUCCGAAACUACCCGCUAACCUGCAAAGUCCUGUACUCAUACAAGGCCUCUCAGCCAGAUGAGUUAACUAUUGAUGAACAGGAGAUGUUGGAGGUCAUUGAGGAUGGAGACAUGGAGGACUGGGUCAAGGCUCGCAAUAAGACAGGUCAAGUGGGCUACGUCCCGGAGAAAUACCUGCAGUUCCCGACCUCCAACAGUCUGCUGAGCAUGCUCCAGUCACUGGCUACACUCGAUGCUCGAUCACACACCUCGUCCAAUUCCACCGAGCCAGAGCUGCACUCCAACUGCAUCAACGGAGACACAAACAUGAUGUAUGUCCGCGCACUUUAUGAUUACGAGGGCCAGGCAGAUGAGGAGCUCUCCUUUUCCGAAGGAGCGGUGAUCCGCCUGUUGAGCCGCGACACUCAGACAGACGAUGGCUUCUGGGAGGGGGAGCUCAACGGAAGGGUGGGCGUCUUCCCCUCCGUGCUGGUGGAAGAUUUCACAGAGAAUGGGGACACCAGAGGAGGAGGGACGGGUGACAUACAGAUUUCUCCGUCUCUGAAGUUACCAUCUUCUCUGCCACCUCUUCCGCUGUAUGACCAACCUCCCAUCAGCCCUUUCACCAGCCCCGAGACCUCCACCCCGCCUCCUCUCCCACGCUCACCCUCCACUGCACUCAAUGGGGAGCACAAGCCUCCACCGCCAGCCUCGUCACAUAAGGGACCACUCUCCACCCACAAUCAAAGCUCUGGCAGGAGUCCAGUGUCUCCAGGAUUUCCUCAGCCACUGAGAUUUACCCCUGAAGGAGGCCCGGGCAAACUACGACCUGUACGAGCUGCUCCUCCUCCACCCAAACAACACCCCCGCCGACAGCAGGAGAAGAGCGACAAGACGGAGGAGGUGGAGAUCACACUGGUGUGACAGACAGACAAGCUGGCAGGCGGUUAUAGAGACAUAAAAAAUAAAAACAGAUGACAGACAUAUGUAUCCUACAGGCUGAACUGAACUGAACUGAAGUCAGCUUAAAUAAAGUGAUGUGAAGUAAACCAAACUGAACCACGUCAGACACCCCCGGCCUCUCCGCAUCUUCACUCAUCAUCAAGUCGAAGAAGAGCGCAGAGAGAGGGGAUGAAGGGCAGAGUAUCCAAUUAAAUAAUCUCCAUAUUAGCUUCCUAAUGAAGUGCAGCAGUAUCCGCCCCCCACAUUCCUCUCCGUCCUCCCCCGUCCUUCCAUUCUUGCCUUAAGACUUCACCUCAACGGGCAGCAAACCCGAGCACACUGGAGAAGAGGAAGAGGAGGAAGAAUGUUUAGAGGGGGAGUGUGAGGGAAAGUUAAUGAUGGGUUUUGCAAGUUUUAUUUUAUUUUGUUUAAGCUCACAUCAAGAUGAAGCAGUUUAUCUCUGCACAGGAAGAUCAUUCUAAUUUCUCUGACUUAAUAAAUAAUAAUGAAGCGAGAUCUUAUCGAGCCCUGAAACUGAUCAAAUGUAGUAAAGGUUAUAAGACAAGUCAAAAAUAUAACAGAAUAUUGUUAGAAAAGGUUUGUAAAAUGAAAGUUAAAGCUUCAUAUUUUAAGUGUAAUCAUCUAUAAUCAUACAUAACUUUUAGGAAUCAGGAUAAUGAUUGAAGCAAUGGACAGGGCUGUGUGGCUAGCUCGCUAAACUGAAAACAGUAGUAGCUGAACAUAUCGAACACCAGCCUUCAUAAAACUACACAGCUACACUACAGUUAUAUUAAUCACUCAUAUACUGUGUUAACUCUGCAACAGUAGCUGAAACAUUUUAGUUUGCAAGCUAAGCUAGCUACCUAGAACCUGCAACUAUGGGAUUUAGUUUGACAUUUUGAGAAAACAUCAAACAUGAAGUCACACACAAAUACAAAAUGUUGAAGGUGACACAGUAAAAAUCUAUUUCCAGACGAGAAAUGCACUGGAAGAUUACGUUAGAUAGAAUGUAGCAAGUAGCUUGCUUCAGCUGCUGUUACAAGAGCGUAUACACUAAUGCUACAGCAGUAUUCAGUACAGGAUAUUGCUUAUUAACAUUAAAUAUAGUAGUUGGUGUUGUUUUGUGGCCAAAAAUCAACUUCAGCUUGGUAACUAAGAAAAAAAAAGGCUUGUGCUCGAUGCAUUUUAGUUAGCCGGGUAAUCUAGUUAGCUACACAGUCCUAUGGAAGGAAAAUGGGGACUAAUGAACAAAAAAUAGAUAAAUAAUUAAAAAAUGUGCCAAUAAUUUAAUAAAUUGAAAAUGUAUUUCAUAAGUUAUAUUUGUGACUUAUCUGACACCUUUUACUAGUUUGACUGUCAGGGCUCCAUAAAACUUUUUUUUUUUAAAGCUUGAUGAGGGUGAAUAAGUACAAAACUUGCCAAACGUGUCAUGAUUUUGUUUGCAGUUGGGAUUUAAGUAAAUGGACAGAGAAACUGGGUGGUGUGUGGACGCAGUGUCCCUCCUCGCCAGCCCUUCCCUCGCCAUAUAUAGUCCUUAUCAUCAUACGUAUUCAAUGUGUAUUAGUACAGUACAUUACUGUUGUCAUAGGAAUGUUAUGCGCAGCGUUUCAUAUAGACUAACUCGAGCUGAAUGGAAUACCAUGUCUGAUAUGUAGUGAAAGUUUUAUCCUCAUCUUAUACUGAAAGGGCAUUGUAAAUAUACAGUAUGAAGGAGAGAGGAAAGAGGAGAGGGAAGGAGAGAGGAUGAAUGAAGAGAGAAAAAGGAGGCUGGAUCCUCCCUUCUGUUCUUUUCUCCACCUCUCGUCCCAUCCUUCCUUUCUUUCCCUCCCUCUUUCCUCUAAUGUCUGUUCUGUCCAUUGGCAGUCAGUGUGUGAAUCGGUGGCUAUCAUAUACACACAUACAGUUACAUUAUAUUACGCACACGUUGCUAUAUCUUCUCUCAUUCUGUCAGUUUGCGUCAUUGAUCGGUUCAGGCACAGGCACUGAAAUUGUUGAUACUCACUAUGUGGUGACAAAGAAAAGUUUUAUUUGAAAUCAUAUAGACACUGAUCAUAUUUGAGGUCAGGAGAUUUUUUUUUUUAUUAAUCAAAGAAAUGGACUGCAUAGCUUUUAUCCCUACAGAUCACAUCUCCUGACACGUUGUUCACAUAUAGCAUAUAUCCUUGUUUAGCUGAUACGCAUUAGAUAUUAUUUUUCUCUGUUGUCUCUAUCAGAUCACUAUGUGAGUCAUUUUUUAUUCAGCACAGCAGAGAAAACAUCCAUAAAAAGAAAUUCCAGUUUGAUAUCAUCCUUGUGUCUUACAUUUCAUCUACGAUUCAUGGUGGUAUAUAGAAACGGAAAAACAGAAGAGAUGUAUGAAAUAAAAUACAUCAUGCUAAAUGGACAGAACUAGCAAAUGACAUUCAGAUGGAGCUAAGUACAAUUAUGUUGUGUUUUUUACUCAAAGUAAAUAAAUCCUCCCCCUUAAAUACCCUUCAAGCCUUUAAAAACUCCUUGCCUAAAGGGCAACGUAGCACUUUUAUUUAUUUGUACCCUCCCUGGAAAGUAGCAGCAUGUUAACAUAGCAUCAGAAUGGAUAGAAAAGAGUCGCUGUUCUUUUCAUUCUGAUUCUGUGACGGAUCCUCUUUUUAUUUCAGUGUGACUGAUGAUUAUUUUUUCUCCACUCUUCCAAAGAGACGGAGAGAUAAUUGUGGACAACGUAAUUUGGUGUUUUCCUUAACUUAUUAAAUAAAUAAAUAAAAAUAAAAAAACAUGAUAAUAGUAAGAGAUGUUUUCAAAGAAGACUUGGAGCAUCUCGUGUUAGGCCUGGCUGUUUGCGUGUGUGAUUGUUUCAAAGGGGAGAGGAGGAUGAGGAGGAAUUUAACUCUGUUAGAUGUAAAGAUGUGUCCCCAGUUCCCUGCUACAUAUUGAUUUCAAUCAGGCGGAGCAUUCACGCUGAAUAUGUUUCUGUCACGAUGCGACACAUAUUGCAGGAGCUCAUCACAGCUGGAGACAAUUCAGGCUAAUUGUGCCAUGUUGUGAGACAGCUCCAGAAAUAUGAAGAAAAACAAGAAAUAAAGCAUUCAGUCUGUUGCUUUCUUUUUUUGUAUAGAGGAUAUUAUCAAGCUGCAGUAUUAUAGCACAUGUAAUGACUGCAAAAACAGUGUAAAGUAUGAAGAUUUAAAUACAUACUGUACAGUAUUUAUAUGUAGUAUGGACUUGGGGCACAGCUUUAGGCUUGUAAGAAGAGAAAGUCUCACAUUUCCUCUUUGAAAGGUGGAUAUCGGAGUGAGAAAAGGGAUGAAAGAAAUGAAGAAUAUACUAAUAAAUCAUUAAUUUUUGCAUCGUUUUUUUAAAGAACAUUUCGUGUAGCACCCACACCUAACAAACAUGCUGGAUAUUAGUUACAGCUUCAGAUCUAAACCUCUGCUCCUCUCUCAGAUCUUCUUUCUAAUGGUUUCUCAAACUUGUUUUGAAGUUUAUAGUUUACAGCAGUGUUCCACGGGACUUCCCAACACAACUCCUCUAUCAGCCUAUCUGUCAAAUAUAAACAAGAUUUAUGGCUUUUUGUUGCCACUUUGAACAUGAUUAUUUUCCCUUUUCUAACAGCCCCACUGGUCCCAUUACAGUGUUUAAUUAUUUGGUAUGGGGCUUUUUUUUAAUGUAUUA